CCCUAGAAGGCUCGCGCCGCCGCGUCGGCUCCGUGCUCGGUCUCCCGGUCUCGCUUCCGUGAGGACUACGCUCCGCAGCCUCGGCGCCCGUCCGGCUCCCACCCCCGCGUUCCUGCGACCGCCGCGGCGAAGAUGGCCUCAGGAGUACAAGUUGCUGAUGAAGUAUGUCGCAUAUUUUAUGACAUGAAAGUUCGGAAAUGCUCCACACCAGAAGAAAUCAAGAAGAGAAAGAAGGCUGUCAUUUUUUGUCUCAGUGCAGACAAAAAGUGCAUCAUUGUAGAAGAAGGCAAGGAGAUCUUGGUUGGAGAUGUUGGUGUGACCAUAACCGAUCCUUUCAAGCAUUUUGUAGGAAUGCUUCCUGAAAAAGAUUGUCGCUAUGCUUUGUAUGAUGCCAGCUUUGAAACCAAGGAAUCCAGAAAAGAAGAGUUGAUGUUUUUCUUGUGGGCACCAGAACUAGCACCUCUGAAAAGUAAAAUGAUCUAUGCAAGCUCCAAGGAUGCAAUCAAAAAGAAGUUCCAAGGGAUAAAACAUGAAUGUCAAGCAAAUGGGCCAGAAGACCUCAAUCGGGCUAGCAUUGCAGAGAAGCUAGGUGGAUCCUUAAUUGUAGCUUUUGAAGGAUGCCCUGUGUAGCUCAUCAUUCAGUGCCACAAAUGGAAAGCUUCCAUGUGUAAUGUUAUCUUCUUCUUGCUAUAUAAGUAAAGCAAAUAUAUUUAGGCCAGGGUCUUGCUGAGAGGGAGCUGUCUUGUAAUCUUUUAGAGUAAACUAAAUAUUCUAUAAACGUGCAAUCAUGGCCCUAAAUAAAUCUAGAUCUGCAGUUCUGUUGGUGUGAAAUUAAAUUCUUACUGGCCUCAUGCUUGUUUUGAUGAGUUGCCUUAUAAAGAUUUUUGUUAAGCUCAGGAGUUUUAAUAAUGCAGUUCACAAAAUGGGGCAAGGCCAUGUGAAGAGAAUUAUUACAUCUGUGUUGACCUCAGUUAAUUUGUUUCUUUGCUUAGAGAAUUGGUCAUAAUCUGGUUAUAAUUUUGGUUCAAAUUCUUUAUUCUUCCUGAAACUAAACAGAAUAAUGGAAUAUAAUUCUCCC